AUGCAAAAUAAAUUAAAUUUUUAGAAUUAAAUUGAUGAACUUAUAAAGUCAUCGUUAAGAACAACUAAGCAAAUAAUUAUUGAAUAAAGUAUUGGUAGUAUUGUUUUUACUGAUUUGACAUCCAAUUAACAAAAUUAAGUUAAAAAUGUAUUACAAAGUUUAAGUUUAAAGAAUUAAAAAUUAUUGAUUGAAUCAAUAGAUAUUAAAGAUGAAGCAAAUGAGGGAAAAAGCAUAAAAUAAGUAUCUUUCAAAGUGAAAUAUAGUUUGAAAUAGUUUAAUAAUAGGUCUGUGUGUGAUUUAAUCAAAAAUGAAUUAAAAGCUGAUAAUUGUACAAUAGUUCCUAAUUAAAAACUGUUUUUUGAAGGCUAAAAGGAAUUAAGACACUUGCUACAAGAUGAUGAGAUGGAAUUAGUUAAGCAAAAUGAAGAACAAAAGUAAAAACUACUAUCUGACAUACAAAGUUUUGGCAAAGUAGUUUCUACUAGUAAAAAAGAAGAAGAAGAAAAUAAUAAGCUAAUAGAGAAGCUAACCAAAGAGAAGGAUGAGCUUAAAGCUAAAAACCUUGAUUUUUAGAAGGAAAAAAAUCUUACAAUUAAAAUAAACAAAGAUUUAGUAGAUAAAACUAAAAAAUUGGUCGAUGAAAUCAAAGAAAAAGAAAAAAUAAUGAGUGAAUAAGAUUCUAAAGUUAAUGAAAUACUGAAAAAGAUUGAAGAAAAUUAAAAAAAAAUGGAUUCAAAUGAGAAAAGCAAAUAAUUAGUUUCAGAUAUUGCAGCCAAAGAUGAGUAAAUAAUGAAACAAUAAUAACUAACUAAGACCCUAUAAAAUGAAUUACAAACCUGUAAAAACACAAUUAAAAGUUUGUAAUAGUAAAUUGAGACUCUUGAAACAAAGAUCUCAGAUUAAGAAAUUAGCAACUUAGACUAUUAGAAGGAUAUUUUCUAAUUAAGCGAAAAGAUUAAUGUUUAUGACGAUUAAAUCAAAUAGUAUGAUAUAUACUUAAAACAAUGA